UGACAGGCGAACGAAAAAUUUGGUGGGCUCUCCUUCGAAAAGGUGGAAAAAUCGUCAUCUGCGUAUUGAAUGGUGAAUUUUGGAAUAGUUUCUACCCUGGAGCAGGAUAAUUUCUAGCAUAUUUUCCGCGGCAACCAUUCCGCCAGCAGCCGAGCUCCAACAUGGCCGGCCGAGGAAAAACCAACAUAAACAUUGAGGAGGAUGUUCGCAUCGCCAUUCACUACAUGAUCGACAAGUUUGUGCAGGACGAGAAGCUGAACGAGUUUGACUUUCCGGCCUCGUUUACCCGGGAGCACCGGGCCUACAUCCAUGAUUACGUGAAGAACAAAUCGCUCAAGUCCAGAUCCCACGGGAAAGGCAACCAACGCUACCUGACGAUCUACAAAUCGAACAUCCUCUCCCUGAUCCACGACGAUGCCAGUCUGGACAUCAGUGAAAACUCGCAGAAGACGAUUGAACUGAUACUAAAGAAGCAGGGCCCGUUCCAGAAGGAGGUAGCCGAUUCCUUCGCCCGGCGCAAGUUGUACCCAAGCCUCACGUCGUACAGCCUGAACCUGGGAUCACCGAGCAAUUCCGUCAAAUGCAUCCCACCUCCGACGAAUUCCAACCUGCAGGUCAUCCAAGAACGGCUUCGAUUGCCGAUUGCUCCCUAUCGGGAUGCGAUUAUGAACUGCUUGACGCAGAAUCAGGUUAUGAUCAUCUCGGGUAGCACCGGGUCCGGCAAGACUACACAGAUCCCACAGUUCAUUCUCGAGUCCAGUACACAGCAGGGCGAGGCAUGCCGCAUUAUUUGUACCCAACCGAGACGGCUUUCGGCGAUUACCGUAGCUGAUCGUGUGAGCUACGAGCGGAAUGAACAACUCGGGCAAACCAUUGGCUAUCAGAUCCGACUCGAAAGUCGGCUGAGUCCGAUUACUAACCUUGUCUUCUGCACAAACGGCGUUCUCCUGCGGUGUCUGAUGGGCAAGAAUUCCACCAGUAUUCUGAACGACGUGACCCACAUCAUAGUGGACGAAGUUCAUGAACGCGAUCAGUAUUCGGACUUUCUGCUGAUCUCGCUGAAGGAGAAAGUCCUGCAGCAUACGAACAUCAAAAUAAUUCUCAUGUCUGCUACGAUUGAAUCGAACACAUUUUCGCGCUACUUCAACAACUGUCCACUGAUUGAAAUUCCCGGACGGCUAUUCCCCAUCGAAAGCAACUUCCUGGAGGAUGUCCUCUUUCGAGUCGAUCGUUACAAUGCUAAGAUCGACGAGGUGAAACGACAGUUCAAAAGCACACCUGACUUUGCCAGAUCUAUGGUACAGAACCAUCAUCGGUCGGAGGUAGUCAAUACAGCCAACAUGGAUGACGAGACGAUCCUGCUGAUGAACGACAUCCUGGAGUUGUGCUGGAUCGAAAACAAUCCGGACGACUUUAACCAUUUCUUCUAUCUGGUCGAGGACGAAAAUAAUCCCAUUAAUUUCCAGCAUACGGAGACGAAGAUGACGGCCAUGAUGAUUGCGUCUGCCAAAGGGUAUACAAACGUGGUGAAGAGGUUGUUGGACAUGGGGGCGGAUCCGAUGAUCAAGGGCAAGCACAAUUUCACCGCGCUAGAUUGGUCAGUCAGCAUCAACGGGUACAAUGCAUGUUCACAGCUGUUGGAAAUAGCGUCUAACCCGCAACAGCAACAGCUUCAACAGCAUCAGCUUCAACAGCAGCAGCAGCAGCAACAAGUUCAACAAAUGCAAACUCCUCCCAGACAGUUGGCCAAGGUUCUGCUCGAUGUGUACCACAGCACGGUGAAUGAUGAAAAGAUAGACCAUCGUUUAAUUUUGGACAUCAUCAAGUACAUCUGCACGAAAUUGGCUCCGGGAGCGAUUCUCGUGUUCCUCCCCGGUUACGACGAUAUUCUGGAGCAAUAUGAGACGCUAAACUGCGGCUUGGGUGGAACCACAAACUUUCGAAUCUACAUGUUGCAUAGUAAUAUGCAAACGAACGAUCAGAAUGCAGUGUUCAAACCGGUUCCGCCGAAUACAAGAAAGAUCAUUCUCUCUACGAAUAUCGCCGAAACUUCGAUUACCAUCGAUGACGUCGUGUACGUCAUUGACAGUGGAAAGGUAAAGCAGAAGCACUACGAUUCGGUGACAUCGACGACCUCGUUGACGGCCACGUGGAUUUCACAGGCCUGUGCCACACAACGAGCAGGACGAGCGGGUCGAACGCAGCCCGGUGUAUGUUUUCGGUUGUUCACCCGCCAGAGGUUCGAAGCGAUGGACAAAUUCACGCUGCCGGAGAUUCUACGAGUUCCGCUAACGGAGAUUUGUCUGCAGACGUCGAUCAUUGCCAGUCACACCUCGAUCUUGAACUUCCUGAGCAAAGCCAUACAGCCACCGUCCACGAUGAGCAUCAAGCAGAGCAUCAAAUUGCUGCAGAAACUGGGUGCACUGGAUGACGAUGAAAACCUCACGGAGCUAGGGUUGAUCUUGGCUGAUUUGCCAGUGGAUGCCCGGUUUGGAAAGAUACUGCUUUAUGGGAUAUUUUUAAAAUGCAUCGAUCCUGUGCUGACGAUCGUCAGUGCACUCAGCGUGAACGAUCCUUUCGUGCUGCCCACGACUGCCCUGGACAAGGAUAAAGCGGCUAAACUGAAGCGGGACAUGGCGGAGGAUUCGUACAGCGAUUGUUUGUGUCUGCUGCGGGCGUUUCAAAAGUGGAAUGAGUUAAAACCAUCGAUGAAGGAGCGUCAGUUCUGUAAUCGUUUCUUCCUCAACUCGGGCACGAUGGAUACUAUUAGUAGCUUGCGGGGUAAGAUUCUCGGUCAUCUACGUUCGGUAGGGUUGGUGAAGAGCUACGGUGCCGGCAAUAUCCAAGAUCUGAAUCAGAAUUCGGACAACUGGGCCGUGGUAAAGGCGUGUCUCGUGGCCGGUCUCUAUCCUAACGUUUGUCGCGUCGAUAAGGAGAAUGCCACGAUUAAAACCCGUAUCGAUAAGAAGAUAAGUCCUCACCCGAGCUCGGUCAUCAGAGAUAAAUCGUUGAAGAAAAACAAGGAAAGCAUUUUGUCACUUCCCUCGGAAUGGAUCGUAUUCGAGGAGAAGACCCGAGCGGGAAUACACUGCCUGAUCAAGUGCAAUACGGUUGUGGCACCGGUGACGAUCGCCCUGUUUUGCGGUCCACUGUUCCUGAACGAUGAAGAAUCGCUCAUUUCCUGGAAGGAUCUGGACGAAUCAAAUUCGGACAACGACGAACAUGACAUGUCCGACAAGAGCAAGUUGGUCCUGGACGAUUGGAUCAACUUUGCUGUGGACAACAAGUUUGGCACCUCGGUGUUUCAUUUUCGGCAUAAGCUGAGUGCUCUCUUCCUCAAGUUCAUCACCCAUCCGAGAUCAUAUCAGCCGAACGCAAACGACUUGUACCUGUUGAAUACGGUGGCCCAGCUGCUGAAGGACGAGGACCGUCACCUCGGAUUCGCCGGCCACAGUAACAUUGGCCAGAAGCCACGACCUGUGAUACAGAACCACCUGAAUGUGAAUGGUGGCGCGGGGAAUGCAUUCAAUUUCUCACCGAACGAUUUCAAACUGGCUGCCAGCAACAGCAACGGCAACGGUAACAAUAAUAACAACAGCAACAAACAUCAUAACCGCCACCAGCAGCAGCACCACCACCACGGUGGAGGCGGAAAGCAGAACACCCACAACAACCGAAAGGGGGAACCCAAGACCAGAUAUUUUAUAGUGCACGCAGCAUCCGUAAUGCAAAUCCAACUGGCGGCCGAGAAUCCCGAUGUUUGGGGCUUCACGUCGUCGUUGCAUCCGAAGCUUAACAAACUGUUGAAGAAACAACAUAAUCUCAACAUCAUCCUGUUUUUCCACAUAUCACAAGGCAAAUGCUUCUUCGGAGCAGGUCGACUGGCAUUGGUCGCCAACCGGACUCAUCUGAAUCUGUUUUCCAGGAACUCAGUCUCAUUUGAAACGUUAAGUACCUUCGAGAAAAGCUUCAUGCGGGGAAGAGUUCUGGAGGAGUACCUCGACGGGGAGGAACUGUCGCCCUCGAGCGGCCAGGAGCUGAUGGAAUUUUUCAAGUAGAUCUUGAAUCAGCCCCCUCUCAAAUCAUAGCUUGAUCUGAAUGGCUACAAACACAAAGAGAAAAGGUUGCAAUGAUGUUCAAAUUUCAGCGCAGUUUGAAUGUGAACAAAACAAAACACGUAAUUUUAUCACAGAAGGUAUAUUAUAUGGUAAAACAAGGUAAAAUUUUCCCAUUCGCAACAAAACAGAAACAAAGUUAUAAAAGUAAAUAUUAGAGACUAAAAGAAGAGACAAGAAUAAGAUAGCAAACCAUUGUAGUAGACCCGAGUUCAUACUUGAUCGGUACCAGAAGCAUACCAUUCUCUUUCCUUCUAUGAAUAUCUUGUUUGGCUUGUUGUAUCUCAAGUCGAGAGUGCAGUGAACAUAAAACGAAUAAACUGGAUAAUUAUUCGGUCUGAAAUCCCAUUCAAGAUAACUAGAUUACCUAAAGAACACUGCGGAUUAAAUGCAAUUCUUCAACGGCAAACGGAAUAUUGCAAUCUUCGAAAACCAGAAUACAAAGAAUAAGCUGCAAAUGUACUGUUUAAUUUAAAUUAAAUUAAAUUGUAAAAGUGGAAUAAAGCUGAAAACUUUUAAAGUUAUCAAUGUGAAAGAAUGAACAAGUUAAAAUAA